AACAACCCACAGUUGUGCGCUUUGAAUUGUGGGUAAGACAUGUCUGCGCCCUGUCCUCAUCCUGAUGACCACCUUACCUAAAUGUGAUCAUUGAGUCAUCCCAGUUGUUAACAAGCAUCUCUACCUACAAACCAGUGGACUUUAAUUCUGAAGAUGUCGGAAAACACGCAGAAGGAGAGCGUCUCUGGACAUGCACUCACACGAGAAGCGAUUGCUAAGAUGCUGGCCAAGAAUUUCGAGAGGUUGCCCGAUAUUGAUCAGAAACUCUUCAUCUAUGGCCCCAUGUAUCUGGGGGGAAAUGGUGGCCUUGCAGGACUGAUAUCCAACAGCUUGUAUCGCAGAGCUCUGAAUGUCACGCAGGCGCCCAUCGCCUCCAGCCUGCCGAUGGCCGUGCUGCCCUUCCUGACCACAUUUGUCCUGUACAACGCAGCAGUGUCCAGCCCCCUCCUGUCCGGUGACCUCAACUGUCCCUCCUGUGCCCUGAUGCGAGGUGCACUUGUUGGUGUGGUCGGCGGUGGGGUGUACCCCAUCCUCCUGGCCUUACCUGUGAAUAUUGGCCUUGCAACAAGAUACGACACAGCACCGAUGCCAGAGAAGGGCAACCUGCUCCGGUACUGGGUGGACCUCUCCAGACCGAUCCUGAGGAGAAUGAGGGCAGUACUCGUGCUCCAGGCCUUCUUCGGCACCUACCUGAGCUCCAGGCACUUUGAAACGUACACUAAACUGGCCAAGAUAACAUUUGGCCCAGUUGGAGAGGAACUCAAAGACUAAAAUGAACCUUAAAAUAAACAUUUUUGUGUGCAUUGACUUGUAGCGACUCGUGGGUUAAAUGCCAAUCAAAUUCACCAUUUCAAAUGGCCGAGAUUCAUUCCCCAGAAAUAAAAUUAAGCGUGGGCUACCUCUCUUAAGAUUGCAUAAUUCACUGCUUUUUGGGCACAUCAAGAUGAUUUAAAAAAAAUUAAUCUAAAUUAGUUUUAUGCAUGAAGGAGAUAAAACUGUUAUCAAAAUUAGGCAUACUUUCAAUCAGUGUAAAGUAUGUUUUUUAAAAUUAGAACUGAAACAAUCAAAUGAUUAGUUAGAAAAAUUAUCUGCAACAAUUUUGAUAAUCUAUUAAUUGUUAAAGUGAUUCAUAAAGCAAAAUGCCAAACCAUUUGCUAGUUCCAGCCUUUCAAAUGUGCAGAUUUAUUGCUUUUCUUAUUCAGUAUCUUUGGAUUUUGGACUGUUGGUUGGACAGAACAAGCAAUUUGAAGAGGUUUGAGCCUUUGGGAAAUUGAAAGAUUAAUUGGUAAGGAAAAUAAUUGUUAGUUGCAUCCCUUUUUACAUGAUACUGUUAAACAUGGGAUUGAAACUGGCGCUGUUGAUUGCCUAAUACAUUUAUCUUUGCUGACUUUGAGCUUUGAGUUGGAUUGCAGAUGAAAUCUUGUAAUGCGCUUGUCAUGUGGUUGUACAUCAAUAAAAUGGCAGGGCUCAUUCAUUAUUUUGAAAACCCUGCUUGUUUGUGUGAA